GCAAGCCAUAGUAUGUUAAAUAAAAAUAAAAUAAAUCAUGAGAUUCUGAUAGAGCAGAUAUAAGAUGACGUAAACUGUGAUAUGAUGAUGGACGCUUGAUGAUGGAGUGUUUUUAUUUUGGAGCGUCGUUCUGUUCUCUGGGCAUUUUGUGGAGUUUUGCUGAGCGAGAGUUCAGCUGGAGACCGCACGCUGGGUCAUGAGUGUGACCUCAGAUUAUUAAACAGAUUAGCCAAUCCGAUCUGGCUGGGUGUUUUAUUCUGAACUUCCCCUGACUUGGAAUGAACUUCCCCCUGGUCUGUGUGAAGAGAUGAGUCACUGGCUGUAUUACAACCAAAGACUAACGACCUACCUCUUCACCGAGCACUUGAAAAAGCACUUGUUUCAUUUCUUUAAAAACCCCUUUCGCUCGUGUGUCCAUGCUGUACUCGCCUCCCUGUAACAGGGUUUUAUCUUGAUGGUGUUCUUAUGUUGCGUCUCAAUCCGCUCGCUAGCCCAGUAGUUCGGCGCACCGAUCAGGGAGGCGGCCAUUUUAAGUGCUGUCUCGAUCGCACGGUCUUUCCGGUGCACGGACGAAAAAACUUUCGCUCCUGAAAAAGUCCCACAGUGCACCGCAUAAACCAUGGAGCGUUGACGCUGAACUUGUGUACACAAUGUACUGGUUCGCCAACUAGGGAGCUUGGGAGCGGUUUGAGACGCACCCUUAUAUAAUGUGAUCUAAAUGUUUAAUUCCUGUCAUGUUUACAGCUCACAAUUAAGUCGCUUUUCCGUCCCGAAACGUCCUGACUGACCUGGUGUUCGGUGUUCUCUCGAGUACAAGCCCGUGUGUGUGUGUGUGUGUGUGUGUGUGUGUGUGGACAGUGCAAGGACAAUGAGGAUUAUUGUUGUGUAAAUCCAGUAAGUCAUUUUCAGCCUCAUGGUUAUCGAGUGAGCUGAUGAUUCAUUCAGCUGAUCUUUUUUUUUUUUUUUUUUUUUUUUACCUCCGUGCGCCUUAUUCUUAGCUUUUUUUGGUGUGUGUGUGUGUGUGUUUCAUUUUUCACCCCUUACAGACAUUUGAAGUUCAUUUCUGUGUUAUUAUUAUUAUGUCGUUAUGAACACCGAGCUCAUCUAAACGCUAUUGAUCUUAUUCCUUAUUCCUUUUGCUUUGUGUUAUUGUUGGGUUUUUUUUUCUUCUUCUAUUGUGCCCUUCUUUAUUCAGCCCUCAUGUUUUUACACCUGGAUGGAAAGUCUCUGCAUAUUGCACUGUGCCCACACACACACACACACACACACAUACACACACAGAGAGAAGCAUGACCCAUACUUGUUUGCGUCACACCUUCAAACACAGUGAUUCAUACGUGAUCCAGGGAUUUACUUACAACUUUCAUUUAGUGUAGUGUGUGUGUGUGUGUGUAGUGUAGUGUAGUGUACUGUAAUAUGCGUGCUGAAGAUUCAACAAAUCGUCAGAGGUUUAAAAAGCACACGAAAAACCCGAGGGUAACCCCGGAGAGCGCGCCUAAACGCCUGUGGGAACCAGGGGAGGUCACAUGCUCGCGUCAACAUUCCAAAUAUGGAGCGCCGGUUAAAGCCGAGCGCCCAAAUAUGGCGUUUCCGCCCGUGACGUCGCUUCCUUCAACGGAAACAAAAAAGAGGGCGGUGCCGCAGCGGCACAAAUAACAGCUUGACACUUCCGCCUCCGCUGUUACAAAACACAGCUGCUGAAGUGAGAGUACUUAAAAAUAAAAAAAAAGCGCGCGCGACAUGACAUGAAGAAGUCAGUGUAGAGGGUUUAUUACCGCAGGAACUGGAAAGGAAAGAAACUCGAGGACAUUUUUAUGACUUUUUUUUUUUUUUUGAGCUGCCUGAUAUUUUUUGUUCAAAAUAUAGUUAGUUUGUUUAUUCUACAUUUCAAAUAAACUUUUUGCGCAGAAUUUAUUUUUAUUUAUUUAUUGACUUUCUUACUUACUUACUUACUUAGGCUACUUAUUUAGUAGUUUAGUAGUUGUAUCUUUUGUAAAAAAAAAAAAAUUAUAAAUAAAUUUUUACAUUUACAAAUCAAUAAAUAAAACGUUAGGCUUGUUCGUUAAUUGAUUUUUUGUUUGUUUGUUUAAAUUAAUAAUAAUAAUAAUAAUAAUAAUAAUAAUAAUAAUAAUAUAAUGGGGGUUAUCGGAGAGCCAGUAGAGAUCUCAAGCGAAGAGCUCGUGCAGAUGCUCGUGACCCCGGAGAGCAGAGGCGCGCUGCUGCUGCUGGACUGCCGGCCGUUCCUCGCCUUCUCGCGCGCGCACAUCUGCCGCGCGCAGAACGCCGCGUGGAACUCGCUGCUGCGGCGCAGGUGCAGCAGGGGGGCCACGGAGUCCGGCGCGCGCCUCGACUGCCUGCUGGCCGACCGGUCCCUGCUGGCGCGCGUGCGGAGCGGCGACUUCCGCCACAUCGUGGUGCUGGACGACAAGAGCCGCGCGGCCGCCGAGCUCGAGCGCGAGAGCCUGACGGGGCUGCUGCUGUGCGCGCUCCAGAGAGAGGUGCACGCGGGCACGGCGCGGAUCUGCUUCCUGCAAGGUGGAUUUGAUGGAUUUGUAGCGCUCUACCCUGAGCUGUGUAUCAGUGCACCAGGUGUUUGUGGGAAUCAGACGACGCUGAGCGACUCGGAGCCGCGAGUCUCCGGCAGAACGACGCCUCUGUAUGACCAGGGCGGUCCUGUAGAGAUCUUGCCCUUUCUGUUCCUGGGCAGCGCGCGUCACUCGUCUCAGAGGGAUCUGCUGCAGCGCUGCGGCAUCACGGCCGUCCUCAACGUCUCCUCGUCCUGCCCGAACCUGUUUGAGAACGAACUGAGCUACAUGACCCUGAGGGUAGAGGACAGCAUGGCAGCGGACAUCCGGGUGCUCUUCCCACAGGCCAUCCACUUCAUCGAUUCCGUCAAGGAAAGUGGUGGUCGAGUUCUGGUCCACUGCCAGGCCGGCAUCUCUCGCUCCGCCACCAUCUGCUUGGCGUAUCUGAUCCACGCCCGCCGCGUGCGCCUGAACGAGGCCUUCGAUUUCGUGAAGCGUCGACGACAAGUGAUUUCCCCAAACCUGUCCUUCAUGGGCCAGCUGCUGCAGUUCGAGACGGACGUUCUGUGUCCUUACACGGUUCUGGACUCAGAGAACGGCGCCACCGCGUUUCAGUACCUCUGCUCAGACAACACUGAUCUAUCAUGACCUUUCUUGUGCUCCGAAGAGACCGUACAAGGGCUGUGACUUGUGACUCUUCAUACUGUGACAUUUUUUCGGUCUUCAGUCCAUCAUACACAUUCACUCCCAUAUGGGAUUCUCUUGAAUCCACACUUUGAGCCAAAAUGAUGUGUAUUUAUUUAGUCUACAUGCUAAAGUGCACUAAGCGACUACCCGCACUAGACUCUGCACCGUUUUAUUCCGUGCAUUUUUUAUAUAUAUAUAUAUAUAUAUAUAUAUAUAUAUAAGCAGGAAAAUCCAUCUGAGAGCAUUGGGUCAUUAUCGUAUUCACAAGGACCCGACAACCAUCGAACUAAUCAGCACAUAAUACUAAUGCAUAUGAGGAUGAAGAAAACCCUGAGAUAUGUUGGUGAGCAGAAACUCCUGACAUCCAGCUAGGGUUGAGCGAUAUGGCGAAAUAUUAUAUUACUACGAUACCCAAUUAUAUAUCAUUUAUUAGGAUAUUUUAGCUUUGCUAACAAACCAGUAUGAAGAAAUGUUUAUUACUAAACAUCAUCCAUGAAAAUCAUACCCAAAUUCUAGCUACAAAAGUGUAUUCUCAUGAUUGAUCGUAGUCGCCAUGUUGUUUAAUUGAUCACAUCACGUUGCCAUAUUGCUCAACCCUCGGCUCAACGUCAUACAUCCAGCGUAACAAUCAGAGAAACAUCUAGCACACCAUCUUGCGACAAAAUGAGAAAUUUCAUUAAUGAUCUUACGGUCAUGCGGAACAAAAUCGUCGCCAUGUAGCUACACGAGGUAACGGAGCAGUCCCAAACCAAACAGCGCUGUCUUUAUAUGGUUCUGGUUUUGAGCUUUAACCCGCUAGCUGACGUUAGUUGUUCACUGAGCUGCUACGUUCCCUUCACGAUCCCUUCAUUGUGGCCUGAUCAGUGAUUCCGCACACUGACUACAGAUCGAUCGUAGUUGUUGCAGAAGGAGGAGGAGCUGCACAAAUGGACCAAGCCAUGAGGAAAAGUGCGACGUGACUUCCAUCUCCUUCAUCCUUCGGCCAAAGACGUUAAGAUCCUUUUGCAAUACGCUCCUACAGAUCGUCCAACACUGACUUAUAUUGCAUCAGUCACUGAGAUCGGACCGCGCUUGGUUUAUCCGCAGAUAAAUCCAACUCAGGGAGUGACCUAAAAAGCUGUGAUCCCAGAUUUCAAACUGGAGUGUAGAGGAACAUUAUUACCGUGUGUCCUAUAAAACAUUCAUACUGUGAUAUUUUGAAAUGUUCCAUGUUUUUGUCUAUUUAAACGUUACUGAUUUAGAAGGGUCAUGAAGAAACUAAGACAUAUAUAUAUAUAUAUAUAUAAGUAUGUAUAUUUUCGCCCCAUGCUGUAAAUAUUGUCGAUCUCUUAAACACUGCACUUUAUUUGUAAAUAAUUUAUUUGUUUUGAUUUUUGUUCAUAUUGGUGACUAUGUAGCGUAUAAGCUGCCGUAUCCAGGUGUCCAUUAAAAGACUUUGUUAAAUUACAAAUAUACGGUGUCUUUUAUGGCCUACCGUCAGAUAUAUUCACACACACA